AUGCCCACAACAUCCUAUCUUCGGCUCAAACCGCUCCCCUUCUCAUCUCUCCCGCCCCAUCCCUCCCUCACCCAAAGUGCAGAAUGGCAACAAAACGUAAACACAUUCCUCACAACAAUCCUCACCGAAGCCCAAACACUAAUCUCAACCACAAUCCCACAAAACUUCAAAACAGAUCGCAAACUGCGGUCUUCAGCGCCAUCAAGCGCAAAAGUGCAACUUUCCACCUCUAGUGGUGGUGGUGGUGGUGCCGGGGUAGAAGAUUACUGGGUCUGCCGGAAAAGUAUACAUACAGACUCCUCGGCCCAAAGAGGGAGCGCGUCAUGGGCUGAGUUUGAGAAGGGGUUGAGAGAGAAUCAUUCCGAGAAUGAGAUGGAUUAUACGCCUAGUGUGGCUUCGGUGGAGCAUUUGGUAAAGUGGCCUGUCGUGGAUGAAUUGGAAGGGUGGAGGGGGAUUGAUAUGCAUGUCAGUAUGAUUACGCAUACUUUCAAACCUGCCGGCCUCAUUUCACCGAGGGCGUUCAUUUCCCUGAUCAUCUCGGCGUAUGAGCCUGAAAGCACCACAACCAACAACGAUGACCCCAUUCAAGGAUUCUAUACAAUACAGAUACCACUCCUAUUCCAAAAAGACUCGUCAAACAACGACGUUCCAGAUGCAAUCAAACAACAAGUUCUAUCCACCGUGCCAAAGAAUACUAUAUUCGCGCAUUAUGUUAGCGUUGAGCGUGUGCGGUUGUUGCCUCCUGCGACGGCUGACGCAAAUGCAGAACGGCGCAUUGAGUGGAUCAUGGCCACGACUUCAGAUGCUGGUGGACAGAUUCCGCAGUGGGUACAGCGAAGUUGGACGAUGGGUGGAGUACCCAAGGCUGUUGUGGCUGAUGUGGGUUUGUUUCUUGGGUGGGUUGAUAAGAAGAGGUCUUCGUCUUCUUCUUCUUCUUCUUGA